UCUUACCGUGUGUAUUAAUCUAAAAUCAAUCUUGAAAUCAUAUUGUAAUCGUAAUCAUCGAAGCAGAGAAAUGGAAUGCCAGAAGAUCAAGGUUGCCAACCCCAUCGUUGAGAUGGAUGGAGAUGAAAUGACUCGAGUCAUUUGGAAAUCCAUCAAACACAAGCUAAUCUUUCCCUUUGUGGAGCUGGAUAUAAAGUAUUUCGACCUCGGCCUUCCCAAUCGUGAUGCUACUGACGAUCAAGUUACUAUCGAAAGCGCUCAAGCUACUCUUAAAUACAAUGUAGCUAUUAAGUGUGCAACUAUAACUCCAGAUGAAGCCCGGGUUAAGGAGUUUAACUUGAAGAGAAUGUGGAAGAGUCCAAAUGGGACAAUUCGCAAUAUCUUAAAUGGUACUGUUUUUAGAGAACCAAUUAUCUGCAAAAACAUCCCUAAGCUUGUCCCAGGUUGGACCAAACCAAUCUGCAUUGGGAGGCAUGCUUUUGGUGAUCAGUACCGAGCAACUGAUGCGGUUAUACAAGGACCUGGGAAACUUAAAUUAGUCUUUGUACCAGAGGGACAUGAUGAAAAGACAGAGUUAGAGGUGUUUAACUUCAGUGGUGCUGGAGGUGUGGCUUUGUCCAUGUAUAAUACUGAUGAGUCUAUCCGUGCUUUUGCUGAGGCUUCAAUGAACACUGCUUACCAGAAAAAGUGGCCGCUAUAUCUUAGCACAAAAAAUACCAUUCUUAAAAAAUAUGAUGGAAGAUUCAAGGACAUAUUUCAGGAAGUCUAUGAAAAUCAAUGGAAAUCCAAGUUUGAGGCUGCCAGUAUGUGGUAUGAACACCGUCUUAUUGAUGAUAUGGUUGCUUAUGCUCUGAAAAGUGAAGGAGGUUAUGUAUGGGCAUGCAAAAAUUAUGAUGGGGAUGUGCAGAGUGAUUUCUUAGCCCAAGGAUUUGGAUCUCUGGGGCUUAUGACAUCAGUAUUGGUGUGCCCAGAUGGAAAGACUAUCGAAGCUGAAGCAGCACAUGGUACAGUUACCCGUCAUUACCGAGUUCAUCAGAAAGGAGGUGAAACUAGCACAAACAGCAUAGCAUCAAUUUUUGCUUGGUCACAAGGUCUUGCACACAGGGCAAAGUUGGAUGGUAAUACAAGACUAUUGGAUUUCACUGAGAAGCUAGAAGCAGCCUGUAUCGGAACUGUUGAAUCAGGGAAGAUGACUAAGGACCUUGCACUUCUUAUUCACGGAUCUAAGGUUGCUAGGACUCAAUAUCUGAAUACUGAAGAGUUCAUUGAUGCUGUAGCCAAGGAGCUAAGAGCAAGACUUUCUACCAAAGCAAAACUGUAAACUGCCACCCACAAAUGUGGCUUUGUGCUGGUCAAUCAUUUUAUACUGUAGUUUGGCUCAACUCACAUGAAUUAUUUGUAAAUACUUUUUACAGUCUUGAUUAUCUUUAUCUGUCAUUACUGCUGGCUUGCUUUUCAGAAGGUGGACGGCAGCCGGUUCGAUUAAUGCAAAACAUCAUCAAAAUUUAUAAAGCACUGUCAUUGUAAUGAUCACAAUUGCACUGUUUUUGGUUGUAGAUUCAACGAGGAUUUGUUGCUAAUCCUAU